AUGGAAUUAGAGGACAUUUAUGAAAAUGCUGAACCUAGAGAUAUUAAGGACACAACUGGAUCUCAAACGCAGAGUAACAGCCAUGAUGAAGAAAAAGUUCAAAAGUUUAAAAAAGGAUGUAGAUCUUUGGCAUUGAUCACAGUGAGUCUCGGGCUCAUUUGUGUUCUUCUGCUGGUCUUCAUCAUACUGCAGCACAUCACCAUCACAGCAGAUAGAGACCUGAUAAAGAGUUACAAGAACACAGUUGAAGAGUUCAAUCAAACCAUCAACAGCUUACAGGACAGUUACACUGAUCUAAUGACUGAAAAAGACCAACUGCAGGACAACUUCAACUCUUUGAUUCAGAAGAAAUUAGAGCGGGAGACCAGAGUAAACAAUCUCACUGAUGAGAAAGGUCAGUUACAGAGAGAUUUUGACUCUUUGAGUCUGAAGAAACUGGAGUUAGAAAGCAGAGUCACAUCUUUGAGUAAUGAACUGAGGAAGAAAGCAUUCAAACGAGUUUUUUUCCCACCAUCAAGUCUGUGGAAGAACUGGUUUGACAGCAGACAGUACUGCAGAGAUCAUGGUGGAGAUCUGGUCAUUAUCAACAGUGAAGAGAAGCAGAGACACAUAUCUUCAUUUAUCAAGGAGAGAGUGUGGAUUGGUUUGUCUGACAUACAGCAGGAAGGCAGAAUGAAAUGGGUGGAUAAUUCACCACUGAUUAGAGGGUUUUGGUACAAAGGUGAGCCAAAUAACUAUGCUGGAAAUGAGCACUGUAUUGAACUAAUUCCUUCAAAAGAGCCCCUGAAGAACUGGAAUGAUCACUCAUGUUCAGUGAAUAAAAAAUGGAUUUGUGAGAUUUAGGGUUUCAUCCUGCAUUUUCAAGCUUUUACUCACCUUAUAUAUAUUGUGAAUGUAACAUUUCGUAACAUAGUGGUUCUCAUCAUGUGAAUUACUUAAAUAUUUGAUUUUUAGAACCAUAAACCAUGUCUGUACUUUGCCAACACUUGAUGUCCAUGUAAUGCCCUUGGUCCUGAUCUCUUAAAAUCUGUU